AUGAGUUCUAUCAACCCAUACAAGAUCGCUGUCCCAGACGAGAAGCUUCAGCAACUUCGUCAAAAGUUAGAGCAUGCCACGUUCCCGGACGAACUUGAUGUCUCGGGGUGGGAUAUGGGCGUGCCUCUCGAUGAGAUCAAACGACUAGUCACCGUUUGGCACGAUCAUUUUGAUUGGAGGAAACAGGAAGCCCGGUUGAACGAUACUCUCAACCACAUCAACGUUCGCAUUGCCGUGGAUGGCUUCGGGGAUUUGGAUGUACAUGCCGUGCAUCACAAAAGUGGAAAUUGCAAAGCCAUUCCACUAUUGUUUAUCCAUGGGUGGCCUGGCAGCUUUUUGGAAGCAGCCAAGCUCAUUCCACUGCUCACGGAGAAUGAUGGAAACGGUCCGGUGUUCGACGUUGUGGCACCCUCUUUGCCUAAUUUCGGAUUCUCACAAGGAGUCCAAAAAAGAGGAUUCGGGUUGGCACAGUAUGCCGAGUCUGUUCAUAAGGUGAUGAUAGCCCUGGGGUACGAUGAAUACGUGGUUCAAGGAGGUGACUGGGGCAGCAUGAUCGCGCGUACCAUAUCGCAAUUCUACCCUCAACACGUCCAAGCCAUUCACUUGAACUUUAUACCAGUGAUACCGCCCUAUCCAUGGCGAAGCCCAUACCAGUUCUUCAAGUCACUUAUAUCGGUGCCUUUCUCCGCAAAAGACAGGAGUCUCAUUGCCCAGACAGUGGGAUAUUUUACUCGCGACAAUGCAUACAUGAAACAGCAGGAGACUCGACCCCAGACUCUAGGAUAUGGUCUUCAUGAUAGUCCUGUUGGGCUUCUAGCAUGGAUAUACGACAAGAUGCACUCUUGGUCAGACGAUUAUCAUUGGACAGACGAGGAGAUUUUGACCUGGGUAAGUGUGUAUUACCAUUCAACAGCUGGCCCGACAGCCUCGGCGAGGAUUUACUAUGAGGCCUCGGCACCAAAAGGAGAUGUGGAUGAGUCUGGAAUCGAUGAUGGUUCCUCAGAGACGCAUAAGGCGGAUUUGAGAUACAUGUCGCUUCAGCAGGUCCUUGGCGCUCGAGCUUCUCGCAGCAUCCUCUUUGCUGUGGCGCAGUUCCGGAGAGAGCUCAUCAUGUUUCCCAUGGCGUGGUAUCGCUCAAUCGGAAAUGUUGUACAGGAGCAUGAGCUCGAUAGCGGUGGGCACUUUGCAGCCUGGGAGGUGCCUAAGGUACUGGCUGCUGAUAUCAAGCAGUUCCUGGGUAAAGCAGGACCAGCAUUUGGAGUUGUUGCUGACAAGGAUGGAUAUUGA